AUGCAGCUCCUGCGGCUCUGCACCCUCCCGUACUACUACGAGCAUUCCGGAGUAGCGGCCUUUACACACAACGUGCUGCGAAAGACAAGCCGGGAAGUGCGUGCCACCUGGAAUGUAUCUUGGAUGGGGCUGGCGUCCCUGUUCUGUUUGCAUUGCUUGACCUGUGCGUGGUUCGGCGUUGGCUCGCAAAUGGGUGGUUGGACUGAAGAUGCUCAGUUGGCUCGUCGCAAUUGCACUGCUUUGCAGGCCUUGUCAAGGCUGCCGCCGGCACGCAUCACCGAAAACAUGGAGCUACAGACCCAGGCAGAGCGGCUACUCGCGGUUCUCAGCACUGCGCUUGCUGUGCUCUUUGCGUCCAUUUUUACAUCGGUGGUCACCAACGACAUCUCGGACUUGCGUCGAUUGAAGCGUAUAAAGAAGGAGGCAGAGGACAAGCUCUGCGAUUUCCUCGAGGCACACCCGGUGCCGCAGAGCUUGGAGCAGCAACUCAGCAGCUACGCACGCCGGCACAUGUCACGGGUGGCGCCGCCGGGCAAAGAAGAGCUGGCAGGGUCCUUGCCUCACUUUCUCUACGAGGAAUUGUGCCGUGAGGCCUUCACUCCCGUCGUCAGCGGCCAUUCCUUGCUGCACAGCCUUUGUAGCAAGUACACGGCCUUCCAGCGUGAGCUGUGCGUCCGUUGCUUUGUCGAGUGGCACAUUAUGGCACAAGAGACACUCUUUCUGCCUGGCGGGCAAUGUGAGAGCCUCCUUUUUGUAGUGCGUGGUGUCAUCACCUACAGCAAG